AUGGAUGACAAGGAACUCGAGAUGUAUCGGAUUUUUCAAGCCAUUGAUGGUGCAGCUGUGCGUCGGCGAGAGGGGGUGGGGAACAUCGGGGAGGCGCUGGGUUGUUGGGCACAGAAGGGGAUUGGUGGGUCCCACAAUGAACACAUCAUCAGUUUGGUGGGUCCCACAAUGAACACAUCAUCAGUUAACGUCUGA